UUAUAAAUUAGGCGUCUUAUCUUGACAAGGCUCACAAAACGGGCAAAUAAUUCUCUUCAGUGUUCAACGAGUGCGUUUCAAUAAUGCAUGCGAAUAAAUUGUGAAAUCCGAUGAAGGUUGAAAAAGUUCAGCGAAAAAAUCGCUCAAAGUUUCACGGAAACGCCAAAAAAUGUAUAUUUUGAUUCAAGGAUGGACGAGCCAGUUCCGUGCCAAAUCAAAAUCGAUAGGCCCAUCUACGAACAUGAUACCAACUCAGGAAAGACUUCUACUGCAGUAAAAGUGACAAAAAGAAAUAUUUGAAUCUCGAUGUUGACACAAAUUUGAAGAAUUGAAGAAUCUUAAAAACAAUCCCAGCCCUCGAAUGGCUAAGUUACUAUACAUAUUGGCCGAUUUUAUAUCAGGAUUCACCGUUGCCAUAAUGCACAUCCCUCAAGGUAAUUAAAUUAAGUUAAUUAAAUUGAAAUUAUAGGAAUGGCAAUUGCCCUUUUGGGCUACGUCCCUCCUGUUGUGGGCCUUUACAUGGCCUUUUUCCCCGUCUUAAUUUACUUCUUUUUGAGGACUUUCCAUCACAAUUCCAUGCGAACCUUCCCUGUUGUUUGUUUAAUAACCGGAAAGGUAGUUUUAGAACACAGUGAUCCGUCGUAUUUCAUGAAAAGUUUAAAAAUCAAUACCAUGAGCGAAAAUCCGGUCAUUGAAUCGGUCCAUCCCGUAGAAGUGGCUGCAACAGUCAUUCACUGUAGCCUUGUUUCAGCUAGCAAUUGGGAUUUUCUGCGAUUGGGAAUUGUUAAUAAUUUGUUUUCGGAGACUUUGGUUAGCGGUUUCACGACGGGAGCCUCUUUUCAAGUGAUUGCCUCACAAAUCAAGGAUUUAUUAGGAUUAAAAAUACCGAAACAGAAGGGACUUUUUGUUUUCACUAAUGUAAGCACAUCAAGAAUCAAACACCUACAAGUUUUCACCAAACGUUUUUGAUGAAAUUUCUUAAACAAACACGGCGGCUGUUGUUAUUUCUUUAGUCACAAUAUUUAUUCUCAUUGCACCAACUGCACCAAGUGGGUAUGUUGACGAAUCAAAAAUCCUUUGAUUUGACACAAUUUCGCAGCCUCCCGGCGCCAACUACGCCCCCAAUGUUUUUACUAGCUUCAGUACUACUUGACGGAGUUACUAUAACAAUAGUUUCGUGGAGUAUCACACUGUCAAUGGCUUUGAUUUUUGCCAGAAAGCUCAAUUACGAAGUGGACGCAAAUCGGGAACUUUUAGCGUAAGGAGUUGGCAACAUAUGUUCGGUUCGUGUAUGCCGUUCACAGCAUCACCACGUUCGGGGGAAAAACCCAAAUAGCGUCACUCGUUUCCUGUUUCCUCCUUCUUGUUUUACUUUGGAUUGGACCGUUUUUUGAGCCACUACCAAAGUGUUUUAGCGAGUGUAAUCUUAGUGGCCCUCAAAGGAAUGGUGUGGCAAAUUAAACAGUUGGUUAAAUUUUGGAAAAUGAGCAACAUGGAUGCCCUUGUCUGGUUGGCCACUUUUCUGACCGUGGUUUUUGUUAGUAUUGAAAUUGGGCUUUUGACCGGUGUUGUCAUGUCUCUAGCGACAAUUUUUGUACUUAGUUUGAAGCCCUACACUUGGGUAUAUUUAUGCGCUUUUUGAAUAAUUAAAAAAAUGUUUUUAGAACCAAUUUACUAAAUGAUUCACAAAUGUGGUCUCAUCAAUCAUAAAACUUCAAUUCGGACGUUUCCAACAGUUCACGAUGCCGUGGAAUGCGCCACUGAGAUAUUUACCCUGAGUGCUUCCCCUAAUUCUACAAUUAGUCGAAUGUACAUAGUUAAGCUUUAAAUUAAAUAAAUAUUUGA